AUGAAGAAGAAGGCUUUCAGGAGCAAAGUAAAGGAGGAGAUGAAAGCAGCACAGCAGGAGGUGAAACGCUGCCUGAGGGAAGCAAAGGACACCUACAGGAGGAAGGUGGAGCAGAAAGGCCUGGAAAACGGCCGGCAGAGGCGAGGCGGAACAGGUCGAGCUGGCUCUGACGGCGGUGUUGCAACCGCAGGGCCAGACGAGGCAGGGCCAAACAAUGGCGGAGCUGAAGCCGGACCAGGCGAAGGCGGAGCUGAAGCUGGACCAGGUGUGGAUGAAGACACAGAGGUAGAACCCGACGGCAGCGGUGCUGCAGGCGAGGCUGAAGCCGAGGCGGAGGCUGGACCAGACGGAGCUGAUGAAGCCGAGGCGGAGGCUGGACCAGGCGGCGCUGAUGAGGCGAUGGAGGCUGCAGCAGGCGAGGAUGAGGAGGCUGCAACCGGCGAAGACGAAGCUGAUGAGCAGGCUGCAACCGGCGAAGACGAAGCUGAUGAGCAGGCUGCAACCGGCGAAGACGAGGCUGAAGACACGGAGGCGGCAGCCGGCGGCGGCGAUGAAGACACGGAGGCGGCAGCGAUGAAGACACGGAGGCGGCAGCCGGCGGCGGCGAUGAAGACACGGAGGCGGCAGCCGGCGGCGGCGAUGAAGACACGGAGGCGGCAGCCGGAGGCGGCAGCCGGCGGCGGCGAUGAAGACACGGAGGCCGCAGCUGGUGGCGGCGAUGAAGACUCUGAGGCCGCAGCUGGUGGCGGCGAUGAAGACUCUGAGGCUGCAGCUGGUGGCGGCGUGGAAGCCGGAGACGGGGGCGCUGCAGGCAGUGAUGGCUGA